GCGAAACGUGAUUUAGCGAUUAGUGUCCCAAUCAGCUGUUUUUGACGUACGGACGCAUGCGCGUGACCGCCAUACGGGGGCUGUCUUGUGAAUCGUCGCACGUGUAUAACGCUCCAUGCAGGAGUCAACGACUGGAAUACUAAAAAUAGUGCCAGUGAUACGAGACGACCAAAAAUUACCGAAUUUAGAAAGCGUCGAGACGCUGUAACUAAAUAUAACCUUGACGCUUCGCAUGCAAGCGGCGCAGUAGUGCUAGGGGCCUCCUGUGAGAAACAAUGGCGGGGCAAAUCUCCGAUGCUGUUAAAAAGUGCAUCAAUAUUCUGAAGAACACAAACAGCGACACGGAGAAGUUCGCCGCUUUAUUUAUGAUCACCAAGUUGGCCAAAGGUAAAGACUGCAACUCCGUGGCGAAGAAAGCCAUCUUCGAAGCUAUCGGUUUCGAUUUCAUCAAACGUCUUCUACUCACCGAUGACGUCCCCGUCGAUUGUCCACCCAGUAUCUACAAAUCGGUGGCUCUCUCAAUCCUCACCGUUUUCUGCAACGAGGAAGAGUUAGCCACUCAUCCCGAAAUGUUAGCUAACGUUCCCGUUUUUCUCGACAUUGUACAAAAAGCCGACGACGAGGAUCUUAUGAGUGUCGGAGAGACAUACAACUGUCUCAAGGGCAUCGCAAGCUACCCUCCGGGACAACAAGCCUUAAUCGAAAUCGGGGGUAUCGCAAAGCUGAGCGAGAUUUACUCCCAAGGGAGUUUUCAGUCAGACGAAGCGUUGAACAUUUUGGCCGUUCUAGUCAGCAAUUUGGGAGUAAAAAGCUGGGACGAAAAUAAUCCACAAACUUUCCAUAAUUUGCUUAAUAAAAUCGCAGUCGAUUUUGAAACAGAUCACGAUAAACGAAAAUUCGAAUUAUGUCAAGUACUCAACGCUUUGAUUUUUAAUUGUCCCAAGAAGAUUGUGAAUACUGCGGAUAAGGAGACUUGGCCUAUGAGUCUUUACAAAGGUCUCACUGAUAUUCUUCAGAGUAAAAUUGGCCCCCAGCAACGCAAUCCUGCUUUAAUUUUGGCGUCGAGUGUUUUGGAUGCUUUAGGAGUCGAGUGGGCUAUGUCCGAUGAGGAGAAACCCAAACAAUUUUUCUUGCUACUAAUACAAUUGGCAGCUAUUGAAGUUCGAAUGCAACUAGACGGCAAAAGUCUUAAAGCUGCAACCGCCCAAAGAAAUCUCGUCACGGCUUGUUACAUUAUUUUAGAAUUGUCAAUUAAUUAUAUUUCAACGGAUCAACUAGACUUGGACCAGAAAGAGAAGCAGACGCUUUAUACUGGUUUGAAAGGAGCAUUCACUGCUAUUAUAAAUCUAUUAUUAAAAGUGGCUGCUGAUAAGAAUAAACCUUCGGGAGAUGAAAAAUGGUUUGUUUAUGCUACGAUUAGAGUUUUGGCAGCCUGGUUAGCACAGGAAACGUCCGCUUUACGCACUCAGGUGUACCAACUCUUACCAUUCGUUCUCGAAGUCGCUAAUGAAAGUUUCAACGCACAUAAGGCAAAAAGAGUUGCUGAGAAGGCAGGGAUUGAAAGUGAAACCAAUCCUGCUAAUUCUGUGGAUAUUUUAAGGAUCCUUUUACCGGGUCUUUGUCACUUGGCCGUGGAGGAUGCCGCUCGUGCCAUUAUCUUGAAACACAAUGAAGAUAAAGUUCUCGUUGACUUAGUACAGUUUCAUUGGAGCAUUGUCCAUUAUAAGCGUCCCCCGGUUCCACGAUCCGAACGUUUGAAAGUUUUAAACCAACCAAAACAAGAAUUGUCUCCUGAAAUUUUGGCCGAAAUGGAAGAUUCGAGGACCGCUAUGAUCAGCGCGUGUAACGUAUUGAUGAAUCUCACUGUAUUGGAAACGAAAUAUGUCGAAGAGAGUGAAGUUUUUAACGAUUUGCUCAAAUUUAUUUUUGAAAAUUUGCCGGAGUUGAAGGAUAUUCCUGAGAAUCUCGUUCUUCACGGGAAUUUGGCCGUUUUGGGUCUUUUGUUGCUGAAGCAGCUUUCAAAUAAAGUGAAGAAGAAUGAUUUUUCGAUCUGUCGUUACAUUCAAGCGACUAUUAGAUUUUUGUGGGAUGCGUAUAUCAUUGAUGAGUCAAAUGAUCCGACCGCUUUGGUUGUUUCGAUGGCUUAUAAAGAACACUGGAUGGAGCUUAUGGAACUUUGGUUUUUGGGAAUGCAAACCAUGUCAGGUGUCAUCGCUCAAAUCCCAUGGAUUUCCGAAUUUGCAAUUGAGAGCGGUUGGGCUGAAGGCAUCGUCCAGACUUUGAAGAAAGUCAAAAUUGGAACUCUUCCACCGAAUGUCAAGUCGGCUUAUGAAGAUUUUCUCUGCCAUUUGGUCGACGCCAAUGAGAGUGUUACCGAUGUUUUGAAAAAAGCUGAAGCUUUGAGAGUUUGUCGGAACCACAGACUGAUGGAAUUAGGGAAGAAGUUGUUUGGGGAUUAAAUCUGUGCGUUUGUGCUUUUUAAUGCAUUUUUUUGUUUGAUUUUUAUACGAAAUAAUCGAUUUUGUAUUAUAUUUAAAUAAAUGUAUUUGUCGAUGA